GACGACAGGUGGGGGGUCUUGGGUCUGAGCUCGAUGGCAUAGGGGGGUCGGGGUCGGGGCUCGACCAUUUUCAGAAGGGAAAGGAGUCCAAGAAACUGGUAGUGGUUGAUUUCACUGCAUCAUGGUGAUGACCCUGCCGUGUUAUUGCCCCAAUCCUCACCGACCUAAGAAGAAUUCAAGUGUCAUAUUCCUGAAAGUUGAUGUUGAUGAGUUGCAGGAUGUUGCUAAGGAGUGGGAAAUCGAGGAAAUGCCAACCCUUUUGUUCCUCAAAGAAGGGAAAAUUAUUGACAAGAUUGCGGGAGCUAAGAAGGAUGAGCUUAUUGAUAAAGUUGCAAAGCAUGCCGCUGUGACUGCUGCUUGACUUUGAUUAGCGUUUUGGGGUUUUCAUCUGCAACCUCAAGUUCUCUAUUUAUUUUAGUUUUGGUUUAACUUUAUUGGUGUUUAUUUUGUAUUGUAGGCUAAAAUUCUACUGAUAUUUAAGAGAACCAAGGCAACAAGAAAUUCUUCAAGUU